CGAACCGACCUUUUCUUACCAUGGUUCUUCUGUGUUAGACGUUCGUGUGACUCUUUCUCUCCCUUCUCCAAUUCUCCAACGAAGUUUUUGGUUUAAAGGUGUUGGCUACCCUACUUCCUCCAUAUUCAGUGUGCUCACCUUCGACAUCAUCACGUUCUACCGCAACAGCGCACACAGAAUCGUUGCCCUUCCAAGGAUACCUACCUGCCUCGGAUCCUUUGUUUUGUGCCGAAAUCUCGAGACACCGCGACCUCGGCUUCCCAGGAACUUGUGUAGUUCUUACCGUUUUCCAGGAAGUUUGUUCCUUUUUGCAGUGUCAUAAUGGCCAAACCAACGAAGCCAAAGUUGCCAUCGAAGCAACUGGCCAUCUUGGCUAUUGCGCGAUUCGCGGAGCCCCUCGCUUUGACGUCCGUCUUUCCCUAUCUCCCGGAAAUGAUCAGCAGUUUCGGCGUUGAACAGAACGAUGUCGCAAAAUGGGCCGGCUACACCUCCGCCGUUUUCUCACUUUCUCAGAGCGUGACCGCCGUGGCGUGGGGUAGAGCCUCCGACCGGAUCGGAAGGAAGCCAGCGAUCAUCAUCGGUUUGAUUUCAACCAUGGUGUUCUUCGUUGUCUGGGGCAUGUCCACGAGCUUGCCGAUGGCAAUUAUCGUGCGAGCUAUCCUGGGCAGCGGAAACGGAAACGUUGGCAUCAUCCGGACUAUGGUGGCGGAAAUGGUUCCCGAGAAGGAGCUGCAGCCUCGAGCGUUCUCCAUCAUGCCCCUGAUCUGGUCCGUUGGCUCCAUCUUUGGUCCAGCCUUUGGCGGCUUCUUCGCCAACCCCGCCCGCCGUUUCCCUGCCCUGUUCGGCGACAGCUGGUUUUUCAACGCAUACCCGUUUGCUCUGCCGAACCUGAUCGCCGCUGUCUUCUUCCUCAUCUCCGUCGCGACGGCCACCCUCUUCCUAAAGGAAACCCUCGAGAGCAAGCGCCAUAAGCCCGACUGGGGUCUCCUCUUGGGCGAACGCCUCACCCGUCCGUUCCGCCGCUCCCGCCCUCACAACUACCACCAUGCCCACGUCCGGCGCACUUCUUUCGUCGACGGUGAGGCAACGGCGCCGUUGGUCCCUACCAAGCUGAACCCCCCGGCCCAGCCGCUCGAUGACAGCAAGCAGUCCGCAGAGGCGCCGAGUAUGAAGGAGAUAUUCACCGCGCAGACGAGCAUCAACCUGCUGUGCUACACCUUUCUCGCCUUGCACUCUGUUGCAUAUGACCAGAUCCUUCCUGUUUUUCUUCAUCACCCCAAGCAGGUCCACAAUCCCGAGAACACACACCUGCCUUUCCAGUUUUCCGGCGGCUUCGGUCUCAGCUCGGACCGCAUCGGCACCAUCUUCACCAUUUACGGCAUCACCUGCGGCGUGAUCCAGUUCUUUGUCUUCCCUCCUCUCUGCAACUAUUUCGGUGUCCUUCGCUGCUUCCGUGCUUGUGCCGUCACCUUCCCCCUCGUCUAUAUUCUCACUCCCUACGUGGUCCUCUUCGAGAGUAACUUUGGCCGCUACGCCGCGCUCAUGGUGGUCAUGUUCACCAAGGCCUUCGCUGUCAUCAUCGGCUUCCCCUGCAUGACGAUCCUGCUCACCAACUCGGCCUCAUCGCUGCGCAUCCUCGGCACACUCAACGGCUUCGCCACCAUGUUCAGCGGCUUUGGGCGUGCCUUCGGGCCCGCCGCCGCUGGUGCCGCCUUCAGCUGGGGCGUCGCCCGCGGUUACGUCAUCGUCGCCUACUGGUUCCUCGCGCUGACGGCGGUGCUCGGCGCCAUCCCCGUCUACAUGCUCUUCGACUACGAUGCCCUUACGCAGACGCCCGACGCGAGUGACGACGAGGAGCAGGACGAGAGCGUUAGCGACGAGGGAUACGUCAGCGAGGGCAGCGUUGUCGCUUCCGGCAGCGGGCAGGGCGCGUCGGCGGAGACGGCGCCUUUACUCGGGGCCAAGAACGGCGCGGCGGGAUACGACGCCGUCAGUCCUUCCCGGUCGUAGAGUGUUACUGCAUCGCAGCCAGCUGGGUUACAGUUGCGCAGUCGCGGUAAGGUCCUCCUGUAGGUGGGUUAGUUGGAAUCGAACCUACGACCUUGGGGCUCGGGAUAUAUCCGGCCCCGUGCGGAAUAGAGCGAGCCAGACUUGUGCACAACUGCCCCAGCAGACGGGCAGCCCCGUCUGGCGAAGUAGGACAGCGCGCCCAGCCCACCUGCCACUUCACCUAGAAGCAACAACACUACAGCAAUCGUCACGAUAUUCAGCAAUCACCGAUUGUCACCUAACUCGCCCGCCUGUGAUAGGUUAUAACGACAUUUACUUUCCGCCCCGUUACGACACCCGGAGAGACGGGAUCCUUUGGCCGGUUUGUCUCCGACGAAACGCGAAUAAACACGAGGUUCACGACUGGGCUUUCUUUUGAGGAUGGUUUCCGCAAUGCACCCAGGCGUCAAUUUGUUCAUGUUUCUCACCGUCGAGGGGUCAUAUAUCUAUAAUUCCCCCACAUUAUUGGCGUCUGGCAUGGGGAGGUUGUCGCGGUCAUUAUUUUGUUUCGGGCGGUUACCAUAAAAGCAUUGUUUUCUUUUACCGAGGGGUUUGUCAUUUUCUUGCUUUCUUACGCGGCAUUUCAACAGCGUCACGACGAAUGGUUGCAUUUUGCAUGGGCUGGUCAGCGUAUUAGAGACAAAAAUCC